AUGGAUAGAUUAUUAUUUACACCAACAAAGAAAAGACUAAUUGGUGGUGGUAGAAAUGGUUUAAAGUCACCAGAGAGGAGAAUAGAAUCACCUGAAAGGAAAAGGAAAAGAUUAUUGGUAGACGAUGUGGAAGAUUUCGAUAUUGGAAUUGAAAUUGAUAUGACUAUCGUAUCUGAAGAUGAUAGUGUUUCAGAAAUUGAUGUUUCAGAAUUAGAAGAAGGAGCCCCAAAAAAGGUUAAGAAAGAGACAAAAAAGAAACUGCCGAUACGAGAGAGUAAAGGUGGUAGACCACCAAAAUCUAAAUUAGUUAAAUUUGUUAAAUCAAUAUUCAAACAAGAUGAUGAUUUGUUUAAUGAAUCAAGACCAAAACGACAAAAAACUUCACCCAAAAAGAUUGAAGAUCCUAAACCUAAAGCAUUCAUAGAUUCGUUAAUAGAUAAAACUAAUCUCAAGUCUAUACCAAUUAUAUCUGGAAUCAAACAGUCAAAUAUUAAAAUCCCUGAAAUUGAAAAGUUUGAACCAUUACCUGUCCCAAAGGAAUUAGAUCAAGAUUAUUUAGAUAAAUAUUUUGAUGGGAUAAAUCCGUAUGAGUCCAGACAAGGUAGGUUCCUUGAAGAUAGAGUUUUCUUUCUUGAAGGUCCAGAAGGUUAUUUUGAACAACACAUGACAAGAGCAAAACCUGGUUUUAACUCAUUAACUUCAUUAGCUCCAAAUAUAGAAUAUCCAGAAUUUAAUAAAUACAUCAAACUACAAGAUGAAUUAUUUGCUAAACAAAAGGUUAAAUUAAAUUAUUAUCAUAAAUACUUAUAUCAUCAAUGGUAUUUCACAUUAACUCAUGGGUUUAAUUUAUGUUUUAAUGGAGUAGGAUCUAAAAUGGAACUUAUUACAGAUUUUGUGGAGAAUUACGUCCCAUUGGACAUACCUACCUUGGUCAUUGACGGGAAUAAUCCACAAUUAAAUUUUAAACAAUUAGUUUAUGAAAUUGCAUCGACUUUAAUAGAAGGUAGACCACCUAAACAAUUAUCUGAAUUGGUUCCUUAUAUCGUCAAAAACCUAUCCACAGAAUCACCUCAAUUACUUUUAGUCAUUCAUAAUAUCGAUGGUGAUUCAUUUCGAGAUGAAAGUGUACAAAAUUAUUUUACACAAUUGGUUUCAAUACCUGAAAUAUAUUGCGUAUGUUCAGCUGAUCAUAUAAAUACACCAUUAUUAUGGGAUUCAUCAAAAUUGGAAAAAUUGAAUUUUAUAUGGCAUGAUUUAACAACAUUCAAAAGCUAUACUCACGAGUUAUCAUAUAAAGAUUUGUUGAAUCUAGGUAGAUCUAAAAAAUUUAUAGGUAAUUUGGGUGCUAAAUUUGUUAUUAGAUCAUUAACUGAAAACUCAAGAGAAUUAUAUAAAUUAUUAUUACAACAACAAAUGGACGUCAUUACUUUGAAAAGUACCGAAAAGACUAGAAGUUCAUUCAAGGGAUCAAUUAAAGCUGGUGUUGAAUUUAAAACAUUGUAUUACUUAUGUUUGGAUCAAUUUAUUGUUUCUAAUGAACACACUUUCCGAAAUUUAAUAAAUGAAUAUAUCGAUCAUAAAAUGUGUUCAUUAGUUAAAGAUUUACAGGGAGUUGAAUAUUUGUUCAUUCCUUAUACAUUUGAUGAAAUGAUGAUUAUAUAUAAUCAAGAGUUUGAGAGGAAGGAUGAAAAUAUAGAAGAUUAG